AUGGGUGCCCCAGGGCACCCCGCAGAUCAGAUCCUGGGCCACCGAGAUCCCACCCACGCUCAGCCCGAGCCCAGCCUCCAGGAAGCCCUCCUCCGCUGCACGGCGGCGCGGCGCCGCUGCCCGCCGCUUCCCUUCAGCCCGCCACGCGGCAGGAGGAAAACACUGAUCCGGCUGCCCCCGGGGGGCGCCACUCCCUGCCCUCAUGCGAAGGAGUACCCCUUGAUCAGAGUCCUGGGGCAGCCCGGACUGAGCGUUUGGUGGAAGUCUCUUGUAGAUCUGCUGAGGGCGAAGCAUGAGCUUCAAGCGCAGUCCCAUCUGAACGGGUUCUAUGGCACGCCCCCGCGGCCCCCAGGUGCCCUGCAGCGUGGCCCGGUUUAUCCAGCUAUGAGCCCUCUGACCCCGCAGCAGUGGGCCCUCCAGACCCUGGACAGAUCUGAGUCCCAGACCAGUUGGCUGUCUGAGGCAGAACCAGGAGAAGCAGCAGAGUUCAGCCCCAGCGGCCUACCAGGAUCCGAGUUCGAUGAAGUGGUGGUGAGGCAGAGGACCCCACGUGAGUCCUGGAAGGUUGGCAAACUUCGCCACGGCAAGAAAGUCUAUGCUGUUGCCAUCAGCAGCUCAACUCACCAUGUGUACACAUGUGGUCACGGCUACAUCAAGGUGUGGGACGAGAGUGCUCUACAUGCCUGGAACAAGGCCCCUCAGGCCCAGCUGAACUUCCAGGACCAUCAGAACUGUGUCCUCACCUGCAAGCUGUUUCCUGACGAGCAGAGCCUGAUCACGGGGGGUCUGUCCCGUACUCUGACUCUGUGGGACCUGGCACCCACACCCCGCAUCAGGGCACAGCUGGCCUCAACCGGCCCCAUGUGCUACUCCCUGGCCAUCUCCUCCAAUGCCCAGAUCUGCCUGGCUUGUUUCAAAGGAUUCGUUGAGAUUUGGGAUUUGCAGAACCAAAUCUUGAUCAGGACUAGGAAGCACGAAGUCCCCGAAUAUGGGUCCCGAUGUGUAGACAUUGCGGGCAAUAAGUUCUGGACCGGAGGUGAAGACACCAGCCUAUAUUCCUGGGACCUGAGAAGCUACCAGAAGCUGCAGCAACACAAUCUACACCAUGAGAUCCUCAGCAUCACCCAUGACCCCAGUGAAGAGUGGAUGUUAGUGGGCUUGAGAACGAGUGAUGUCAUAAUCCUCCACACCCACCGGAAGGAGAAGUUUAAGGCCGUCAUACACAAGUACAUCCACCACCACAACCUCAAGUUCGCCUCCUGUGGGAGCUAUUUUGUGACCACACUGGACGAGUCGAUACACUGCUUAGCUGCACCUUCUCUACAAAGGUUGUUUCAGGUAGAAGAGGCCACAGAAAUCCUGUGUUGCGAUGUGUCCUCUGACAACCAGUAUCUGGUCACGGGUUCCAAGAACAGUGCCACGGUUUACCAGCUCUUGUAUUGA